AUCCGCGAAUCGGCUUGGAUUAACUUCAAAUUAGACAAAAGUCGGUGCUUCCUUUGAGCAAAGCCGUUAACGGCGCUCCGUAAAGGAGCAUGUCCGCGGAAGCGACCACGGUGCUGCUGAAGAAGAGGGAGAGGACGCAGAAUUGGAUCCCCGAGGAGAAGAGCGCCUUGUUUACCCUGAUCAAGCACCAUGUGAACGCGAUCGAGAACAAGAAGAUUGACGCGGCCGCGUCCGCGAUGAAGUCCCUCGCCUGGCAACAGAUCUAUUGCGCAUUUCGCGGCAGAUUCUCCGCAGACCGGGACAUUACCAGGAUCAGGGAACAAUGGCGACGGAUGAAGGCGCAGGCGAGGAUGGAGAUGUAUACGUAUGCCGAAAAGGUGCGAACUUUGGGACCGGAAGCGGCCGCCAAGUCCCACCCGUCGAAUCUUUCGAUCGAGGUAUGGCGACUGAUGGAGAGCGUGCGCAAGAACGAUUGCGAGGCCGAUCGUUCGGACGACAGUAGUCAGGAUAAUGAAAAUCCGACAAAUCGGACGGCGUUACACGUCAUCCUGGAUAAAUUGACGUUACCUACGCCGGAGACGUCAGGGCCAGGACACGAGAUUAAGCUCGAGGUCAACAGCGAUACGGAGGACGAGAACAGUCGCGGCGAGCUGUCGCAAAAAUUGUCGAAUGACAGCUUUUUGCCGCAGAAGCGUUCCAGGAUCGCGACGGAGGACGAGCCCGUAGAUCUUGUCGAACAAAAAACUACUUGCUCCGACAGCGUAUCGACAUCCCGUAUUGACGAUGGUACACGGAUGUUUCUUUUUUGUCUAAAUUCUACGCGCGAAAUACAGCAAACGAGUUUGUUCUUCUUUCAAGCUACAGAACGCAACGACGUGAGAAACGAGUUAUCCUCCGCUUCCGUGGGUUGGAACGAUCCGGUCUCGUCCGACAAGGACAAAUCGGUGCAGAGAGCCACGUGGAUCUUCAAGUCCACGCAACGCGAGCACGAGAUCAAGUUGCGGAUGUUGCACAUCGAGCUGGAACGUGCGGAGUUGCAAAAACAGACAGCCAUUAACGAAUUGAAAACAUCCGAGAUCAAGAAGCAGUUGAUGGAAGAUCAAGCCGCCGAAUAUUAUAGGUCGAUUCGUUUGGCUCAACAUUCUUAUUGAUGUAUUGUC